AUGCGUCGCCAGGUGUUUCAUCAGAUUCGAGGUGUUACCUCCUUUGUACAAUUGAAGAGCUGUGAUUUGUCAAAGAUCAGCUGUGAUUAUCUGGCAGCAGCACUGAAGUCCAACCCCUCCCAUCUGAGAGAGCUGGUCCUGGGUAAUGAGUGGUGGUCGUCGACUAAGAACAAGCUACAGGAUUCAGGAGUGAAGUAUCUGUGUGGUUUCCUGGAGAGUCCAGGAUGUGGACUUGAAACUCUGAGAUUGGAGCGCUGUGGUUUGUCAGAGAUCAGCUGUGAUUAUCUGGCAGCAGCGCUGAAGUCCAACCCCUCCCAUCUUAGAGAGCUGGACCUGUGGGGAAACAACCUGAAGGAUCCAGAUGUGAAGCAGCUGUCUGAUCUUCAGCAGAGUCCAGACUACAGACUGGAUACUCUGAGGUCAGUAGAGUGA